AUGCAAGCACUUUUCGUUCACUUUAUUCAGUCCCCUCCCUCCCCCCAUCCCCCUGACCCUCCUGACCCUGAUGACCCUUUCCCUCCUCUCGGUUCCUCCUCACCCAAACCUAACCGCUUCUCGUUACAAACUGCUAGAUCUAAUCGGCCUGUAGCGAAGCUCCCUGUCCCCAAAACUGUUGCUGUAUCUGCUCUUGGAGCCUCAGCUUCUAAACCUACUGUGUCUUCUAGCUCUGUAAAUCUCAGAUCUGGAAACACUGUUCCCCUUAACCAUGAAAACUUUAAGAUACUGCCUCCAAAGAGCUCCUCUCCUAUCCAAACUAAUAAAGCGUCUGGAGCUUUUCCUAAUACCUCUGCUCCCUCUCUGUUCCCAUCUACUGCUCCCUCCCUGAACCCUAAUCCCAAAACUGUUCCUGUUACCACUAUCCCCCCUUCGCCCUCUCCUAGCCAAUCCGACCCUCCGCCUCCUGCCUCCUCAACUCCCCCUCUUGUCCAGAGAAUCAGGCAGAAAGAAGACAAGUCUUUGAAGCGCCUUGCUCCGGUCUCUUUGUCGGAUAAGGGUAUUCCUCGAGUCUUGAUUCCUGACAGUGUCUUUCAGAAGGGUGCUGAAAUACACAAAGAUUUUAUUAUAUGCUACUUCAAUGGCAGACCCCCUGCAUUUACUCAUAUUCAAAGUGUGCUCAAUCACAUGUGGGGAAAAGGGAAAAGAGUUGAAAUACACACUAACCCUUUGUCCCGCUCUAUGCUGGUCCGCAUUCCCUCUGAUUACUUGCGGCAGAAAAUAUUGGAGAAGAGUGUUUGGUAUGUUGGAGAAUCCAUGUUCCAUGCUGUGCAGUGGUCUUCCUCAGCUGCCUCUCAAGCUCCACCUUUGGAAUCUAUCCAGAUAUGGGCUCAUUUAACAGGCGUUCCCCUUGACUUAAGGCACACACAAGGUCUCAGUCUUGUAGCUGGUUUAGUGGGAGACCCUAAAGAGACAGAUGAAUUCACUCUAAACUUGGUCAGUCUCACCCUCUCGCAUGUGAAAGUUGCGGUUGAUCUAACGAAACCUCUCCCUAACGUAGUGGAGUUUAUGCGAGAGAAUGGUGAGGUCGUUGAAGUUCAGGUCUCUUAUCCUUGGGUCCCUCCCACCUGCUCUCAUUGCAAAGAACUGGGCCAUGUCUCCCGCAAUUGCCUGCUUCUUCCUCCUCCGUCUAAAACAGAUUUACCUGCAAAAAAGAGUGCAAAGUCAGCUCCACAAUCAACUGCCAAAGAUAAACAAAAAAUUAACCCUGAAGCAACUGCUAAAGAUAAACAGAAAAUCCCCUCCUCCUCCUCUCCCUCUCCCUCUUCCCACCCUCAACCUAAACUACCAAAAUCCUCUGUUUUGUCCUUAUCCCCGCUUGCUCCUUCCUCCUCUAAACACCUUUUGGCCACCCCUGUUCUAAAGCCCCCUAUUGCUGAUCCUAUCCUAAAUCCCAUUGGUUCCCCCUUGAGCCCUCCUGACUCUUUUUAUGCCCCCUCUCUCAAAAGACCCCGCCCUGAUCCUAACCCACAGUUGUUCCCCUCUUUUUUGGCCCAACUAUCCUUUUUCUCUGCCUCUUCCUCCUCCCCAGCCUUGACUCUUCCUCCUUCUGACCCUGCUCCCGCUUUAACCCUUUCUAAUCCUUACUCUGUUUUGGUUCCUGAUGGUUCUCUACGCCAUGAAGAGACCAUUGACUAA